AUGAAUGCCAACCACAGACAAGCAUCUGCAAAGUUGUUGGGUUCUUUGAUUUGCAGCAAUUAUGGAGAAAAGAAGGAAUGUCUCAAACCGAAAGAGAUCAUUGAACAUGUCAGGAUCCUGCAUGGCGUUCACAUAAAUUACAAACAAGCUUGGAGAGUGAAAGAAGAAGCUCAGUUCUUGGUUAGAGGGACUCCUGAAGACAGCUAUUACAAUUUGUCUAGGUGGUUGUACAAAGUCACAGAGACAAACCCUGGUUCGUUAACUUAUCAACAAGUGGAUGCUGCUGGAAAGUUCAAGUAUGCAUUUGUGGCUUUUGGUCCAUCGAUAAGGGGAUUCUCAUUGAUGAGGAAAGUUAUUGCAGUAGAUGGUACAUUUCUGAAGGGAAAAUUCAAUGGGACUUUAUUGGCAGCUUGUGCUCAAGAUGGGGAUUAUCAUCUAUAUCCUUUGGCCUUUGCAGUGGUCGACGCAGAAAAUGGCGCCUCUUGGAAAUGGUUCUUUAGAGGUUUGAGCCAGAUGAUCCCGGACGCUUCGGAUCUUGUUUUUGUAUCAGACAGGGCUAACUCCAUUGCUUCAGCGUUGGAGGAUGUUUAUCCCUUAUCUCACCAUGGAAUCUGCAGGAUCCAUCUGCUCCGCAACAUCACUCCUACAUAUUCAAAUACUGGUCUGCUACCUCUGGUGGAAAGCGUUGCUGAUGCUUACACAUGUCACGAGUUCUGGUUAAUCUUCAAGGACAUAAAGGAUAAAUGUCCUGAAUUGGCCAAGUAUCUGGAAGAUUCGGAUUCUAGGAAGUGGGCACGAUGCUUUGCUCCUGCGAACAAGUACAAUAUCAUGACUACCAACAUUGCAGAGUCUCUCAAUUCUAUGUUGAAGCUGCCUCGUGAGUUGCCACUGAUCUCCCUCCUUGAGACGAUCAGAUUGACACUCACCACUUGA